AUGGAGGCCCCUAAAAAGAAAAUCGCCAUCAUGACCUCGGGAGGCGACUCCCCGGGCAUGAACGCCGUCGUCCGCGCCGUUGUCCGCACCGCCAUCCACAUGGGCUGCGAUGCCUUUUGCAUCUACGAAGGCUACGAGGGUCUGGUAAAAGGCGGCAACUUGAUCCGCCAGAUGGGCUGGUCCGAGGUACGCGGCUACCUUUCCGAGGGUGGCACGCUCAUCGGCACCGCCCGCUGCAUGGAGUUUUACGAGCGGCCGGGUCGUGUCAAGGCCGCCAAGAACAUGGUGCUUAACGGCAUCGACGCCCUCAUCAUCUGCGGUGGUGACGGUUCUCUCACGGGCGCCGACAGGUUUCGCCACGAAUGGCCGUCGCUGCUCGAGGAGCUCGUCUCGACGGGCCAAUUGACUGCCGACCAGGUCAAGCCCUACAAGCAUCUCAACAUUGUCGGCCUCGUGGGCUCCAUUGACAAUGAUCUCUCCGGUACCGACGCCACCAUUGGCUGCUACUCGGCCCUUUCCCGAAUCUGUGAGAUGGUCGACUACAUCGAGGCGACGGCCGCCUCCCACUCGCGAGCGUUUGUCAUUGAAGUCAUGGGUCGUCACUGCGGCUGGCUGGCGCUGCUCGCGGGCGUCGCCACUGGUGCUGACUUUGUCUUUAUUCCGGAACGACCCGCCAGCGACUGCUGGCACGAAGAAAUGUGCGCCGUCGUCAAGAGGCACCGCGACAUUGGCAAGCGCAAAACGAUUGUCAUUGUGGCCGAGGGCGCCAACGACAAGGAUGGCAACAAAAUCACGCCCGAACAGAUCAAAAACUUGCUGGCCGACAAGUCCCACGGCGGAUUGGCUCUCGACACCCGCAUCACCACUCUGGGCCAUGUGCAGCGCGGUGGCACAGCCGUCGCGUACGAUCGCAUGCUCGGCACUCUGCAGGGCGUCGAAGCUGUCAAGGCCGUUCUCGAGGCUACGCCCGAGACUGAAACCUGCUUCAUCGCCAUCAACGAGAACAAGAUUGUUCGUAAGCCGCUCAUGAAGGCUGUCGAGGCGACCAAGUCUGUUGCCAAGGCUGUCGAGGACAAGCAAUUCGACAAGGCCAUGUCGCUCCGUGACACUGAGUUCUCUGACCAGUACAAAUCUUAUCUUACGACAACCAACGUCAAGACGGACGAGCACAAGCUUCCCGAAAAGGAUCGCAUGAAGAUUGGCUUCAUCAAUGUCGGGGCGCCGGCCGGAGGCAUGAAUGCUGCUGUUCGCGCGGCUGUCGCCUACUGCUUCUCGCGAGGGCAUACACCCAUUGCCAUUCACAACGGAUUUGCCGGAUUUGCCCGCCAUCAUGGCGACAAGCCUGUUGGCGCUGUCCGCGAGUUCGACUGGCUCGAGGUGGACGGUUGGGCCAGCAAGGGAGGCUCUGAAAUUGGCACAAACCGAGAGUUGCCCUCGGAGUCCGGCAUGGAGCACAUUGCAAACCUGAUUGCCAAGUAUGAGUUUGACGCCAUCUUCAUGGUCGGCGGAUUCGAAGCUUUCCACGCACUUUCACAACUGCGGGUUGCGCGGGACGAUUUCCCUUCGCUUCGCAUUCCCAUGGUAUUGCUUCCCGCCACCAUCUCAAAUAAUGUGCCCGGAACGGAAUACUCGCUCGGGUCCGAUACGUGUCUCAAUGAACUCGUUCAAUAUUGCGAUAAAAUCAAGCAGUCGGCCUCUGCCACGCGCCGUCGUGUCUUUGUCAUUGAGACGCAGGGUGGUCGUUCUGGCUACAUUGCUACUCUUGCUGGUCUGGUCGUUGGCGCCUCGGCCGUCUACAUUCCAGAAGAAGGUAUCAGCCUCGACAUGCUCAACACUGAUGUUUCGCAUCUCAAAAGGGUCUUUGCCGAAGACACGGGCCAGUCCCGCGCGGGUCGUCUUAUCCUCAUCAACGAAAAGGCCAGCCACGUCUACGACGCCAAGCUGAUUGCCAGCAUCAUCCGUGACGAGGCGCACGGGCGUUUUGAAAGCCGCGAGAGUAUCCCGGGCCACGUCCAGCAGGGCGGUGUGCCGUCGCCCAUGGACCGGUGCCGCGCGGUGCGGCACGCCAUCAAGUGCAUGGAGCAUCUGCAGAGAUACGGCAAGAAGUCGGCCGCGGGCAGCACCGACCCCUUGAGCAGCUCCGUCAUCGGCAUCAAGGGAUCAGAGCUCGUCUUGACACCGGUGCAGGAGCUCGAGGAGCAUGAGACGGACUGGCCGAACCGCCGGCCGAAGCUGUCGGAGUGGCUGAAGAUGCGCGACAUUGUCGACGUACUCGGCGGUCGGCCGCAGCACGUCAGGCCAGAGUCGAACCUCAAAGGCUUGCUGGCAAAGGACGUCAAGCGGGGACUCGUGUAG